AUGGCCAGUCCGACGGUUCCUAGGCGGGAGAGCGUCUCCCGACAAGGGGAGACGGGAAGUCGUUUUCCUGAGGACAUUUUCACUAAAUACCCCGCAAGAAACAGACAUCGACUCCACGGUUUCUCGUUGUGCGUAGUGUUCGCGUGCCUUGCCGUGUUUUCGUCUCUCUCCAUUUGUCCUUGGGUGCAAUCGGCGUUGUCAGUUUCGCCUGAUUUAGACUUCUCUGAGUCCGUCAAAACCGUGCGCUCCUUUGCACAGCCCGAGAGUGAACAUGAGGAGAAAGCUGCUUCUUCCGAAGAUAGUCACGUAGAGAACUCAGAUUCCUCAAACAGUGGCAGCGCUACAAAACGCCGUCAUGCCGGAAUUCUGGGUUUCUCGUUCCCCACAAGAACGCCCCCGGGAGACAGAGCAGGCGAGGCAACGUGGGAAGGGAAAGCAGACUGGACUGACGAAAUGACACCACCAGGGGACGCAGAGAGUUCAGUCCUGGCGAGUAUGGUGAAAAAAACAUCAGAAAAGGCGAGGGUAGAAAUGCUCUCGAGCGCCGUGACGAAAAACUGUCCGUAUGAACAGCCUCUUCGCCUCCUCUUUGCUGACAUGCACAAGAAAGUGGAAAUGAAGCGGGGAAGGGACAGAUCACGCCGCCUGGACCCUACCGAGAACAUCAUUCUGCGCUGGGACACCGAGUGUCUUGGCAGUCUUGCUGGAAAACUGUCAGCUUCACCGGAUGUCCUGGAUCCUGAAGAGCGGUCACCUGACGAAAUUCACCUGUUCAGGUCGAAUCGGGACUCGUCCUUCUCCGCUCGUGCCUUUCCUCAGCGUCCACUCGAUCCGUCGCUGACACAGCCCGCUGUUGUCUUUCGAAAGGGCGUGUUUUACGGCGAUCGCGUGACAAACAAAAAGCAAAUCCCCGAAAAAAGCGAAACCUCACAGGCUCAAGUUCUCGCUGGUCGCACCCUCGCUCUGAGCAUCUUAGCUGGCGCUCUUGGGGUCAGAGUGUCCACCGCGGGGCUGCGAGAGUGCAGCCGAGACUGCAGCCAGGCUGCCACAGAGACCAAUAUUAAAGAAAGUGCAGAGAAAGGAAAAGGGAAAGGCGAAAGAAGAGGGAAACGAACAGGCGAAGAGGUUGGUCGGGAGUCGAACGACGAGUACAAGUGUACAAAGAGCUGUGAAAGAGAACUCGAGCGCCGGUUCUGGUCGGCUACCGUCGAGAGCUUGCACGCAACAUUCUACCCGCUGUUCCACAUCGAUGUUUUGCAGAUAACCAACCUUUCAGGUGUUCUGGCGCAAACACGAACGGAUCUGGAGCGAAACUCCGAGUACAAAAAACAGUGGUAUCACUUGAGCCAAGUCAGCGACUUCUCGCUCGGAUCUGAUAAAGCCUGGGCGGAGAUGAAUUAUCAGUCAGAAGAAAAUGUGCCACUCGUUGCCUUGCUCGACACCGGGUGCUCGAAGCACGAGGACUACUGGGAUGACUCAGAAGGCAACGCUCGAUUGUGGAGAAACUCCCAGGAAGACUGCUCCAACAAUCUCGAUGACGACGGUAAUGGCUACGUCGACGACUGUUGGGGCUGGAAUUUCGCCGAGAACAACAACGACAUUUUCAGAGACGAUUCGGCGCACGGCACAACCAUGGCGUCUUUGCUGGUUGCCAAGCACACCGAUUCGAAACGUGGAGUAGGCAUCAUGAAGACAGGGAAAAUCAUGUGCCUCAAAACGGGGGCGAACAAUAGAGUGUACGCCAGCGCUGUGAUCGCUGCUCUCCAGUACGCGAUCAUCAAUGGCGCUCAAAUCAGCAUUUGUGCGUUCACGUUCUCCAAAAAAAUGGACGCUCUAGAGUCUGUCUUUACAUCGCUGGAAAAGCACAACCAUUUGGUUGUUGCAAGUGCGGGAUCAGGUUCCUGCGACCUCGAUGCUGACGCUAACUGCAUGCUCUACCCUGCUGCGUUCCGAGUGCCGAGUCUUCUGGUCGUCGGAUCGAGCAAACUGACGGGAGGCCCGUGUUGCUCGAGCAACUGGGGAAAAAACACCGUGCAUGUUUUCGCACCAGGAAAUCGUCUCUGGACUGGAACGAAUGUGGACCACGACGCUCAAACGAUCAAGUGCACGACAUGUAAGUGA